UGUCAUGGGGGAGGUGGUGGCGCUUGGUGGCUCCUGGCGGCCGAGGUAGAGGAAGAGGCACUGGAGUUGGUCCGGAGGCAGCGGCAGAUUUGAGGCUGCUACAAUAACUUCCAGGGAAGACUGCCAGUUCAUCUGCUGUUGUAACCCAAGAUCUUGAUACACAUCCAUAGAUCGGAAUAUUAGUGGGGCAGCAAUCCUCAGACGCCUCACUUAGGACAGAUGAGGAAACUGAGGCUUGGUGAAGUUACGAAACUUGUUCAAAGUCACACAGCUUGUAAAGGGCACAACCAACAUUCAGAGCCAGGUUAUAAAAAUUAAAAUGAACAAACUACGGCAAAGUUUUCGAAGAAAGAAAGAUGUUUAUGUUCCAGAAGCCAGUCGUCCACAUCAGUGGCAGACAGAUGAAGAAGGGGUUCGCACGGGAAAAUGUAGCUUCCCAGUUAAGUACCUUGGCCAUGUGGAAGUUGAUGAGUCAAGAGGAAUGCACAUCUGUGAAGAUGCUGUAAAAAGACUGAAAGCUGAAAGGAAGUUCUUCAAAGGCUUCUUUGGAAAAACUGGAAAGAAAGCAGUGAAGGCAGUCCUGUGGGUGUCAGCGGAUGGACUAAGAGUUGUGGAUGAAAAGACUAAGGACCUCAUAGUUGACCAGACAAUAGAGAAAGUCUCAUUCUGUGCCCCAGAUAGGAACUUUGAUAGAGCCUUCUCUUACAUCUGUCGGGAUGGCACCACGCGACGCUGGAUCUGUCACUGCUUCAUGGCUGUCAAGGACACGGGUGAAAGACUGAGCCAUGCAGUAGGCUGUGCCUUCGCAGCCUGUUUAGAGCGUAAACAGAAGCGGGAGAAGGAAUGUGGAGUGACUGCUACUUUUGAUGCCAGUCGGACCACUUUUACAAGAGAAGGAUCAUUCCGUGUCACAACUGCUACUGAACAAGCAGAAAGAGAGGAGAUCAUGAAACAAAUGCAAGAUGCUAAGAAAGCUGAAACAGAUAAGACGGUUGUUGGUUCAUCAGCAGCCCCUGGCAACACUGCGCCAUCCCCGUCCUCUCCUACUUCUCCCACUCUGGAUCCCACUGCCUCUCUGGAGAUGAACAAUCCUCAUGCCAUCCCACGUCGGCAUGCACCAAUUGAACAGCUUGCUCGCCAAGGCUCUUUCCGUGGAUUUCCUGCUCUUAGCCAGAAGAUGUCACCCUUUAAACGCCAGCUAUCCCUACGCAUCAACGAGUUGCCUUCCACUAUGCAGCGGAAGACUGAUUUCCCCAUAAAAAAUGCAGUGCCAGAGGUAGAAGGAGAGGCAGAAAGCAUCAGCUCCCUGUGUUCUCAGAUCACCAAUGCCUUCAGCACACCCUCUGAGGACCCCUUCUCCUCUGCUCCGAUGACCAAACCAGUGACUGUGGUGGCACCACAGUCUCCUACCUUCCAAGCUAAUGGCACUGACUCAGCCUUCCAUGUGCUUACUGCUAAGCCAGCUCAUACUGCUCUAGCACCCGUAGCAAUGCCUGUGCGUGAAACCAACCCUUGGGCCCAUGCCCCUGAUGCUGCUAACAAGGAAAUUGCAGCCACACAUCCGGGGACCGAGUGGGGUCAGUCUUCUGGUGCCGCCUCUCCAGGCCUCUUCCAGGCGGGGCAUAGACGCACUCCCUCUGAGGCUGACCGCUGGCUAGAAGAAGUAUCGAAGAGUGUCCGGGCCCAGCAGCCCCAGGUCUCAGCUGCCCCUCUGCAGCCAGUUCUCCAGCCACCUCCACCCACCGCCAUCUCCCAGCCAGCACCACCUUUCCAAGGGAGUGCAUUCCUCACCUCCCAGCCUGUGCCAGUGGGUGCGGUCCCCCCCCUGCAGCCAGCCUUUGUCCCUGUCCAGUCCUAUCCUGUGGCAAACGGGAUGCCCUAUUCAGCCCCUAACGUGCCUGUGGUAGGCAUCACCCCCUCCCAGAUGGUAGCCAAUGUGUUUGGCACUGCAGGUCAUCCUCAGGCUGCCCACCCCCGUCAGUCACCCAGCCUGGUCAGGCAGCAGACAUUCCCUCAGUAUGAGACAAGCAGUACCACCGCCAGUCCCUUCUUUAAGCCUCCUGCUCAGCACCUCAACGGUUCUGCAGCUUUCAAUGGUGUAGACGAUGGCAGGUUGGCUGCAGGGGACAAGCACACAGAGGUUCCUGCAGGCCAUGGUCCAGUUGAUCCUUUCGAAGCCCAGUGGGCUGCGUUAGAAAGCAAGUCCAAGCAGCGUACUAACCCCUCCCCUACCAACCCGUUCUCCAGGGACUUACAGAAGACAUUUGAAAUUGAACUUUAGGUGAUCUUUAUGGCAUAUGUAUCUUGUCUGUACUUAGGCAAGGGCAGGGCAUGAACAUCAAACAAGCAAAGGGGACCUGGUCUUCCCGGUCAGUCCACUUCUCACUAACCCUAAAGGAGCAAGUCCAGGCACCGAGUGCUGUGAGGGGUGAUCUGGAAAGAAGUGGGGAAAACCAGUCCUAGAAAAGACUUGCAGCUAGACUAAAGAAGCCAAGGAAAUGUCGCCCUCUGUACCUGCCUCCCUCACCCCCUUACAAACCUCUGGCAACAGAGAGGCAGAAGAAUCUGAACAGGAAUCUGUAUUCAAAGCACAUUUUACUGGAAUAGAAAACAGUAGGAAGCAAAAUGACCUCCUUUCAUUUUUCAGACCAUUCACCUACUUCCUCCUAGUACUGGCCUGUCUUAGAGGCCAGGAACAACGUGGCUUGUGCUCAGGCUAGGAAAAGCAGCAGGCUGUGCUGCCCGAAUUCUUAAGAGUGUGCAACAGCACUGCUCAACAGAGCUAGAUUUGGGGGGUCAAGUUGAGCUUCCAUUUUGAGUUAACAGAAUAUUAUAAAUAUAUAUCAAAAGCCAAAAUCUUUAUUUUUAUGCAUUUAGAAUAUUUUAAAUAGUUCUCAAUAUUAAAAAGUUGUAUAAGUUGUAAGUAAUCUUGCCAAAAGUAAAAGGGUUAGUUGUAAGAAAUUGUACAUAAGAUUGAUUUAUCAUUGAUGCCUAUGGAAGUAAAAAGAGGGAGGGUUGAAAGCUGCGGGCAGGAUCCUGGUCUGUCUGUGGUCAUUCAUUGUAAGUAGCACAUUGCAACAACAAUCAUACUUAUGACCAAUACCGUCACUAGAUUGUAGUUUUAAAUAAAGAAAAUGAAAGCAGUAUUGUCCUGGUUUUAAAACUAUGAUAAAACCCUAAUGUCAUUAUUUUGAUGAAAUCAAUCGAUGCUCUAGAGAAUGUUAUUUUUUAUAUAUUGUUGCAAUUUCCUUACAUUACUCCUUUAUUUUAACACUAAGGUGACAAUGACAUAAUCAUAUCCACAGAAGGGAACACAGGCUAUGUUGGUUUGUAAUGUGGGUUUUGUCCUUUAAAUUUUGUUCCUGCAAGUUUUGUGGGAAUGGGAAAUGUGGUUUUCUUCACCGUGUGCACCCUCCCCUCCCCUCCCCUCCCUCCCCUGAAUGGAAUGUCCUGUUGCCAGUUGAAGCCACUUGACCUCGGGUAACAUGAGAUUCCCAUCUCAUUUUUACUUUUGAACGUUGGCCUUACAAUCAAAUGUAAGUUAUAUAUAUAUAUAUAUAUAUAUAUAUAUACAUAAUAUAUAUAUUUGUACUGAUGAGAAUUUAUAAUCUGCUUUAACAAAAAUAAAUGUUCGUGGUAGAAGCUUUUA